AUGUCCGACGCUGAGUUGUUUGCAGACGUCGCGCCAGUGACCCCGUCGCUGGCGAGCGACGAGCCGAUGGAGGCGGACAGCAGCGAUGACGCACCCUUGCGUCGCACGCAGUCUCAGGCCGUCAAGCGGAUCAAGAUCGACGAGGUGGCCAGGACCGUGCAGGAGCGGGACGAGCCCGUGCAGGAGCUCCGCAAGGCACUCUCGCAGCUCUGCAGGCGGCAGGCCGACGCCGACGCCGACGCCGACGCCGAGGACCUGGCCACAAGGCGCGAGCAUGCUGCGGAGCAGCUGCGGCAGGUGGAGCGCCUGCAGCAAGGCUUCCGGAACUUCGGGGAGGACCUGAUGGAGGGCAUGCUCGCGCUGGACCGCCUUUCCGGGCUCGCGGAGGAGGACCGCGCAGUGCGCAAGCAGACGCUCCGGGGCAUCCAGGGCCUCCUGGACGAGGUCGACGGCGCGAAGCCGCGCGUCGCGCAGCUCCGGAAGAGGCUGGCCGCGGAGCUGGAGCGGCUGGGGCCGGAGCCCUCUCCGGCCAGGGCGGAGCCCGAGGCGCCCCCUGAGGCGACCCCCGAGCCCGCGGCGCCCCUGGAGCCCGAGGACGCCUGCGGGCCCGCCGCGCCCGCGCCCGCGCCAGGCCCGGCCAGCCAGCAGCAGCGGCGGCUGCCGCGGCCAAGCGUCGACUGGAGCCGGGUCAGGCUGCCCGCGGAGUUCUCGGCGGCCGAGCGCGGCCGGGCCUACGUCCUCUCCGCGCAGCUGCCAGGCCUGGAGGCCGACAGCGUCCGGCUGGCGCGCAGGGGCGGCGGCGUGCUGUGCGUCCAGGGGCUGCGGCUGCCCAGCCCCGCGGAGCAGAGGGCCCUCGAGCGGGCGCUGGCGGCGCACCUGCAGAGGCUGCCGAGGGAGCGGCGCCGGCACCUGCAGCAGGAGGAGGUGGACGAGCUCGCGGCGCAGCUCGGCCGCGGGCGCUUCGGCCUGGUGAGGGAGCAGUUCGAGCUGCCGGGCGACGUGGACUGGGAAGGUGUGGAGUGCACCUACGAGCAGGGCGUACUGCGCGUGGUGCUCCCGCGCCUGGCCAUGACAGCGCGAAGCUUUGGUGGCUACGGUGUUCCUGGGCGCCGACGUGCCUCGCAGCCCCGCCCUUGCCCCGGCAGGUGGGAUCAUGGCUUGUGGACAGCCGCCAUGCCUGAGACCUUCGCAAAGACCCCGCUUCUGUACAGCGCUGGGGCGCUGCGGUUGACCGCGUCCACAGAGUCCCGACUGCCGAUGCUGGUGCCGCAGAGCAUGAGCCGCGGCCGGCGAGGCGGGGAGCGGGGCCGUUGCCCUCGGGAGCACCGCGCGGCAGAGCGACGACCUCCGCGGGCGCUGCGCGAUGGAGCCGGGCGCCGCGCCCCCGACCUUCCGCCCAUGCCGCGGGGAUCUCAGGGGUCGCUGCUCAAGCUCGAGGGGGCCAUCAAGCGCUGCGGGAGCGCGCGGCAGUGGAGCCAGGUACUGCAGCUCUUCCGCGACGCGUGCCAACUGCCCGUGCGGGUCAGCCCGGGCUGCUACGUGACGACCGUCCUCGCCCUGGGGAGGGGCAGGCAGUGGCGGCAGGCGCUGUCGGUUCUCGGCGCGGCGUUUGCGGACGGGGUGCAGGCCAAUGUCAUAUCAUCUCAUGCUGGAAUUAGCGCGUGCGAGAAAGGCGGGCAGUGGCAGAGUGCGCUGGCGCUGCUGUGCGAGAUGGGGGAUGCGAACUUGAAGCCCGACGUCGCCCUACAACGCUGGGAUGAGCGCGUGCGAGAAAGCUGA